AAAACUGAAUUCUCUUGUGUGUGUGUUGAUAGUUUCACCAAAUAGAAACAAAGACACUUAUCGAAAACAAGAACAAGAAGCAGAUGCAGCCACGAACACAACAACAAAAAUGACAAUCCUUUCUUCACUCUGUUCUUUUCCUCCAAUUCAUUCAUCUUAUCCAUUUCCAAAUUCUGCAUUAACAUGUUCAAUUUCUAACCUUAGAACUCAAAUCCAAUCCUAUGCUUGUUCCACAAACAUUUGCACCCAAAAAAUCGACACCUCUUUGAUCACAAUCGCUGAAUCUUUCUACGAUGAUGAAUUCUGGGCUGCUUCCUCUCUUCGUGUUCGUUCCUUCAACCAAUUUCGUCCAGACACUUUCGGACUCCAAGAUCAUGCUAAGUACUUGGCUGAACGUGAGUUUGAAGCACUUAAGGAGCGUGUUUCAGGGAAAAAUAAGGCCUUUAGAAGAGUUUCUUGCAUAAAUGCUUCUCUUCCUAUGUCACAUUUAUCUAGCCUCUACGAUGAUUUAUGUUCUUCAUGUAAGUAUUCUGCUAGUGGAGAAGACAGGGUUGUAGUUGGUUCUCUUGAUCUUAAUCAGUGCUUGAGUCUUCCUGAUGAAAUUGUAGGAAUGAAGCCAGAGGUUAGUGGAGCUGAUACUACAAGGGCGUACCUUAGUAAUGUAUGUGUUGCUAGAGAGUUGCACAGAAAUGGGUUGGCAUAUGAACUUCUUGAAAAGUCAAAGUCAGUUGCUCGUAAUUGGGGCAUAACAGAUUUGUACGUCCAUGUUGCCGUUGACAAUGAACCAGCAAAGAAAUUGUACAUGAAGAGUGGGUUUGUUUAUGAGAGUGAUGAACCUGCAUGGCAGGCAAGGUUUCUUGAUCGAUCACGAAGACUUCUGCUAUGGAUGGGUCUUUCAAUUACCUAAUUUGAUGGUGUUGUGGUGUCGGGUAUCCUGUGUGACUGUGUUAAUAUGGCUCUAUCUAUUCGUUUGAAGUUAUUUUCAAAACAUUUCCAUGUUGCCUCGUUAGUUUUCCUUCAUUUCAUUCAUAAGCCAUAAGUAAAUCUGGCGGCUGACAAUUAAAGAUCCAUUGUAAGAAAUGAAUUAUGAAAUACACAGUUGCUUUCCCUCGAUGAUUAUUUUUACAAAAAAUAAUAGUAACCAU